AUGAGCACCCCCGACCGAAACAGAGACCGAGAGAGCGACCGUCAAGCUGUGGACGACGACGCCCGGAUCAACGAGUUGGUGAAUGAGAGGGUUACAGCGAGACUGGCCGAGAUUACAAGGCAACAAGACGAGCAGCAGCAAAGGACAGAUCACGUCCGGAGCGCGAACGACCACGAGACACGCCACCAGCAACAUGCGGGGCGACCGUCGGCCGGCCCGUCCGCAGACGACAUCGCCCGUACUCUCGCCGACGCCCUGACCAGCCGUCAUCAGAUAUCACUAGCAGAAACAGUAUUUUUGGAAGAAUAUCUUCAACAAGAAGACCAGCAGCGCCAGUGCCAGCGCCAGCGCGUCGUCAUGGUCGUGCUCUACUGCAGCAAGAGCAGAGGCGUGCUGCCAGGGCCAUGCCGUCGUACAACCGAGAUUUGAAGUCGUUCGCCGGAGAGGGGAGCAACAACAAUGCCCCGAUGAUGGACCCUGUCUUCGUCCCCGCCCUCGCCGCCCCCCUCAGGUCCUGAAGCGCGCGUGGUCAGCCGUGAAGAAUCCGUUUGCCAGGACAAGAUCUGCGUCUUGCCGGGCUAUGGAGUGGUUCGGCGGCACUCUUCCCUUCGACAUGAUGACCUACUUCGAGUUCAUGACGCGUUGGGUUUCUUUGCGAAGUUUUUCUGCCCGUUUUUCAGUUCAAGCAGUACCUUGAUCAUCCAGAUGGAGAGCAGGUUCCCCCUCUACUGUUUGCGGGAGGGAUGGGUGGACAAAGAGAGAGGGAGGCGAAGCAUCCACGUUUUGCGAGGGUACAUUCAGUCCGUUUGAAAAGUGUAAAGUUAUUUCUCUUUGGGGCUUAGAGUGCGAUGGGGCCAGUAUGAUCGUUUGCUGCCGCACGGUGGGGGUGACCAUGCGAUGCCCGGCAACAGAAGUGGGUGUACUGUAUGAUCUUGGCCCAUUAAGAACGACUCGUGCCUGCGAUGCCGGAUUAGUGCAAUGCUCCAGUUCGGAAUGCAUCGGCGUCCACCUCGCUUGUCGCAUCGAUGGUUCAGGCCCAAAAUGCUCCGCUGCAAGAUGUACAGAAGUCAAGUAGAUGUUCUAUAUAAAAAGAAUGAUCAAGUUCGGCGUGACGCUCAUUGUGGCAGGUGGGGAAAAGUUUCGUUAUCCUACGGUCGUGACCCGUCUUAGCUUCAACCCGCAUUCUUGAGCAAGGGUGAUGUGAAAAAAGCUGCUUCGAAAAUGUUCUACUUCUCUUUACGGUGGUCGAGUGAAUGUCAAAGAGCACAAUAAAAAAAUAUGUACUCCGGAGCAUCCAAUUCUUGCUUGUGUCAGGGCCAUACAGCAUAGCAGAUUCGCUCGAUUUUGAGGCCGGUGUCCCUACAAACAAAUGCCCUUCGACAUUCACCCUGCCACCAUGGUCUCGAGUGAAUCUCGAACGCGUAGCCUUUUGAGCGACGCGGACACACAACAAACGCCGAAAAACCGUAUUGUCCCUACGGAUAGCCUGGGAAUUGCUCCUCAUUUUCGAAGGUUCACCCGACUCAUUUCAAAAGGUCGUUGUUCGGGUUGAGUUGAUAGGAGAAUGGUGACAAGGAAUGGCCUGCACAUGUGGAACCGCUGCGUUGGUUUUUCUCUCUACAUGUGCUUUGAUCGAUCCUGUAUGCCAGGUAGUUGAACUGCGAGCAGAUUUGCAGAAUCCGCUCGCCGCUGCCCUUGGCAGCAUUUGGUCCUCUGUGACUUUGUCGGUACAAGACUCAUCAUCCUUUACCUGUCUGAGCAGAGUGCAUGGGUGAGGCUGAUCCUAAUCCUGGCACCGUGUGUUGUUUCGUGCUCGUGUUGGGGUGCAAAUCGUAUGAUGGGUUGGCGUACGGCUUACCAUCGGUGUGGCUUCACAAGCUUACGGUGCCCGCACUAGAGUUGUGAACAGGCGUUGGCAGACAGCUGAAGGGGAGGUAGAUUUCCGCCUGACAAAAAACGUUGCAAGUAGUGCACGGUGUGCAACCCUCUUCAGCGCAAUUUUUUCGAGAAAGAGACGCGAGCCCCGUUGAAUCUUCACUGAGAGUGUCCGCAAUGAGUAUUUUGUGAAGUCGCAACGACUUCCUUCAAGCAGUGGUUCUCGAUACUGUCCCUGUUGGGCGUGUCCUUCCACCUUUCGGCGGAAUGAAAAUUCUGCUCUUGGUUGUUGCAGGGUUCCGUUGGUCUCGAUGGAGGAUUUCACUACACAAGGCGGGGCUGGUUGGUAUGCGUGGUUUCCCCAUGGCUGUUAUGCCUUUGGCGACUUUCUGAAAAAAUCUCUGAUGAUGCCUGGACUAAAGUUCCGGCACCUCGCUUGGGAAUAUAGAUCACUUGAACACCGGACGAUUACCACCUGAGCAGGACGAAAGCAUGUCGUUGUCGCACAUGUAAAUUUGAGCUUCUACAUCCAUUCCAAUGGCUUAAAGGUCUAGUGCUGUUGGUGCAGGUUUGAUCGAAGAUCUCUCUUCCUGGCGCCAAAUAACUUCUGCACUGCGCUUCUCGCGCCGAAGCUGGAAUGUUCAGCCCCACCUUGGGGAUCUGGUCUACUUCCUGCCAAGCAAUAAUAUCGCGGUACACCCUGUCACUCACUCGCUGCUUCUUUGAGAUGCCCUAAAACCUAUUGGCGUCACCGGCAUUACCUGGCAGCCUGACGGGUUUCUCUACAAUAGUCACUGUAUUCUGUUCCCAUCCUCUGCCUCGACAAAGUGGUCGCGAAACUGUUGCUUCACGGCAACGCGCGAAGAGGGCAAUACAUCCGUGUUUCUUCGAGAGCCCGGCGCGGUGCCUUUCUUUGGAUCGAUUCGAUGAACCGCACGCAGAUCCUACAGUAUUCCGAACAUGGCCGAGUAACCCGAGAUGCAUUCAAGUUGUGAUCAAACAUGUGCACCAAUGUGUGAUGAGCGGGGUACGACCACCAGCAUGCUUUGUGCUGCAACAACCCGGGGUUCCGGGGCACAACAGAC